AUGAAAUCAAUUAUUCUGAUUGCCCUCAUUGCUGUGGCCUUUACAGCCAGAGUCCAAGAGAGAAAUAUGGCCAAGGUUUAAGCUGAUUUGGCUAAAAGCACCUAUGGAAAAGCCUUACUUCAUUUGGUUGAAUUGCACUCAAUGGCUGGAGGACCAGUCUAAGAAUUGAUUGAUGCUAUUGAAGAGCUCAUCAACGAUUUGGAAGAGGAAUUGGAAGAAUUAGAAUUCAACUUCUAAGUGAGAACAAACGAGCACAAUGCCUUAGUAGUCAGUUUGGAAUAAGACAUCCAAGAUGCUGUAAUUGGUAUUGAGUAUUUUGAAUAAUCAAGAUGUCAAUAACACACAAGACACUUUGGACAAUCUCCUUUACCCAAGAAGAGCCUAAAUCUAAAGCAAGAUUGAUUCUGUCAUUGGAUAUCAAGAGGACAACAGAAAGAAUUAUGAUGAAGCAAUCUUAGUUAGAGAAUAAGAACACGAGGCCUUCGAAGCAUAAAUUGCUGAAUUGAAUGAUGCUACUGCUUCAGUCGAUGAUGCCUUGGCUCUUCUUGCCUCACUCACAAACCCAUCAUUGUUGUAGAUCAGAAGAUUCUAAAAUACACUCAAGAACAUUGAAAACAAGAUCAGAUCAAGAUCAAGAAUGGCACCCAUGAUCAAAGCUUUGAUUAAUUUGGCUUCCAAUCAAAACUUCUCAAAUCAAGACGUAUUGAAGAACAUUGUUGAUGCUCUCAACGAAUUCAGAAAUGCAGUCGUCGAUCAAAUCAAUGAUUUGACAGCCUAAGAAGCUUAAGACGUUAUUGAUCACGAGGCUUAUCUUGAAUAAUUAGAUGAUGAAUACAGUGAAUUCUAAAGAUAAAUUAACAGAGCAACUGUCGAUUUGACUGCCACCAAUGGUAAACACAUUUGAUUUAUCUUCCAUAGAGAAAAUCGAUUCAAUGACUGAAUUCAGAGACUAAAGAGCUGCUGAUUAAAAACAAUACACUGCUGAAUUAGAAUUAGAGAACAACACCUAUGCUGAAGAAACUGACAUCUAUACCAACACCAAGAACGAAUUCACCAGAGAAUUGGGAGUUAGUGAACAAGCUUUAGCCCUCGUUUAAAGCGUAGAUUUCUCAAACAUCAAAGUUUGAUAUUCAUCCAAAAUAUAAUCAUAU